ACAAAUAAUUACAUUAUUAUUUUUUUACUUAAUAUCAUUUUUUAAUGAAACAAUAUUACUGUUUUGAAGUUCUUUUCGUCAUCAUCGUCCUUGUCGUUUUCUAACCACGUGUUUUGAAUUUAAUCGUUUUAGCCGAAAAAUUAAAAGCUCAACAUCAACCAACCGUUAAACUCCCGUUUUGCGGAGGCAUGCUGAAGCAAAAUGACGGAAUUUGUCGAAGGUUGGAUUUUAGGACACACGUUAGGAGAAGGUGCUUAUGGCGAAGGUUACACAAUAGUCAAGUUGGUUAUUAACAAGAUUACAGGCGAAGCCGUCGCCAUGAAGAUGGUUGAUGUACAAAAACAUCCUGAUGCACGACAAAGUGUAAAAAAGGAAACAACCAUUCACAGAAUGUUGUCUAAUUCUAAUAUAAUACAAUUUUUUGGAAAACGUAGCGAACCAACUAUGGAAUAUAUAUUUUUAGAAUAUGCUUCUGGCGGUGAACUUUAUGAUAGAAUUGAACCUGAUGUCGGUAUGCCCAAAUACGAAGCACAAAGAUAUUUUAAACAAUUAAUUUAUGCAGUUGAAUAUUUACACAGUCGUGGAGUUGCACAUAGAGAUCUUAAACCAGAAAAUUUAUUAUUGGACGAUAAUGAUAAUUUAAAAAUAACAGAUUUUGGAUUGGCAACUAUUUUUCGUGUUCAUGGAAGAGAACGUACUUUAGAAAAAAAAUGUGGAACUUUACCAUACGUUGCACCGGAAGUUCUUGUACAAUCUUAUUAUGCGGAACCAGCCGAUAUAUGGUCUUGUGGUAUAAUUCUGGUUGCUUUAUUGUGCGGAGAACUGCCUUGGGAUCAAUCCUUGGCAGAAUGUCCAGAAUAUAUGGCAUGGAGAAAAGGAACGUACAUGUCACUUACACCAUGGAAAAAAUUGGAUAACUUAGAAUUGUCUUUAAUCAAAAAAAUCCUUGCUCAUUUACCAUCCGCUAGAUAUACAAUACAAGAAAUUAAAAAUCAUCGAUGGUUUCUUACGCCAUUUAAAAAAGAUGAUCUACAAAGUAAUAGAUAUAAUAUGCCAGUUAGUAAUUAUAGUCAAGUAGAUGGAUGUAAUGCAUCGAGAUCUUGUUUAUCACAACCUGACUUUGUUGGAGAGGAAAAUGUAGAUAUUGAAAAUAUGAAAUUAGAUGAAAAGACAGGUUUCUCGUUUUCUCAACCAGCUCAUAUCGAAGAUUUAUUACUUUGUACUCAACCAAUGCAAUGUACUGCACAUUCAAGUUCGCAAACACCUUUCCAACAGCUUGUUAGACGUAUGACUAGAUUCUUCGUGACAACAGAUUUUGAAACGACAGUUAAAAAAUUAUUAAACUGUUUACAAUAUGAGAGUUAUACGUAUCGUAUUAACGAUUUUCGCAUAAUUACAAUAUCAACGGUAGACAAAAGAAAUAUGCCUUUGGUGUUCAAAGCGAAUAUUCUUGAAAUGGAUAAUAAAUUAUUGGUAGAUUUUAGAUUAUCCAAAGGAUGUGGUCUUGAGUUUAAAAGAAAAUUUGUUAAAUUCAAAUCUUUACUUUCCGAUAUCAUUUUAAAAGUACCUGUUACAUGACGUGUGUAUGUUGUUGUCGUCGUCGUCGUCGUCUACUACCUCUAAUGAAAAAUCGUGACUAAAAUAAGAUUUUUUUCUGUGCCAAGUUAAUAUAAGAGGUACAAAUUUAACAAUGAUGUUCUUUUAUAUAUUUUUUUAAUAAAAUACUUAUAUUGAAGUUAUCCUUUAUCCCA